AUGAAUUGUAAAUGCACGCGUAUUCUCGAGUCGAGAGCGGAAGCCGCCGUAACGGGCCCCACAGCGUUACAAAAAAAUAGUCACUCGACUCGUAAUGUCUUGAAUCAAAACGAGUCGUUUCGCUCCGGGCGGCGUAGAGGGGAGCGGGACGACGGAAAGAAAAGAAAAGCGCGAAGUUUCGUUGUGGAGUUGCGGAGGGCGCGACGGCUGUCGGGUCUCGGCCAAAUUUUACGGUUCACUGGAACACAAAGAGAUCAUCCGACUACACUAAACCCGCUACAAAAUUUAGCUACCCAAAAAUUACUCGCGUCUAUCUCUUGCUCAAAUUGGAAGAGUUCGCCGGCACCUCUUGAAGGGACAACAAUGAGGCAGAGAGGGUAUGUGGCAGGGGCAGGAAGGGCGCUCCCCGGAUCCACGUCACACUACAAGCUCCCUCGUAAUCAUACCCUGCACCUCCGCCACUUUGAUAUCGCAAAUGACUACCUUCCAGCCUUACGCGUCAAAGUUACAACUCCGACAUCAAGUAAUACGUGUAUAAGUAUUGUGCCGUGUUCAAAUGUAAUUCUACGUGUAAUUCACUUUAAUGAUCCCGCUAUUAUCCAGUAA